AUGUUGCUCUACCAAAACCGCGCCAAAACCGCCACGCUUGGAGGGAAAAUUAACAAGUCGAUAAAAUUUCAUCCAUUAUUACUAUUAUUAUUAUUAUUAUUAUUAUUAUUAUUAUUAUUAUUAUUAUUAUUAUUAUUAUUAUUAUUAUUAUUAUUAUUAUUAUUAUUAUUAUUAUUAUUAUUAUUAUUAUUAUUAUUAUUAUUAUUAUUAUUAUUAUUGCUCUCAUGUUCUUCCGUUUUAUCUUAG